AUGAGUGAGAUAGAAAGAUUAUUAAUGGAAGAAGAAGAUAUCCAUACCAAGGAUGGAACAACAGAUUACCAAAACAGGCCUGCAAUCAAGAAGAACACAGGAACAUGGAAAGCUUGCCCUUAUAUUCUAGGAAAUGAAUGCUGUGAAAGAUUGGCUUACUAUGGGAUCAACACAAAUCUUGUUAAUUACCUCAAGUUUCAACUGAACCAGAGGAAUGUGGUUGCUGUCAAUAAUGUCACAAAUUGGUCAGGCACUUGCUAUGUGACCCCAUUACUUGGAGCAUUUCUAGCUGAUGCAUACUUAGGAAGAUACUGGACAAUUGCUGCCUUCUCCAUCAUCUAUGUUUUUGGAAUGACAUUGUUGACCUUAUCGGCAUCACUCCAAGGACUAAAACCUCCCUGUGACACAAACAAUGUGUGUCAUCCAACAGGGUUACAAGCAGGGGUGUUUUUUAUGGGGCUUUACCUCAUAGCACUUGGAACUGGAGGCAUAAAGCCUUGUGUCUCAUCAUUUGGGGCAGACCAAUUUGAUGACUCUGAUGAGGCUGAGAAAAAGAACAAGGGAUCCUUCUUCAACUGGUUCUAUUUCUCAAUCAACAUUGGUGCCCUUGUGGCUUCCUCUGUGCUUGUGUGGAUACAAACAAACGUUGGAUGGAGUUGGGGCUUUGGCAUCCCAGCUGUGGCGAUGGCACUUGCUGUUGUGAGCUUCUUUUCGGGUACCCGGUUGUAUCGAAACCAGAGGCCUGGUGGGAGUCCCCUGACUCGCAUUUGUCAAGUGUUUGUUGCAUCCUUCAGGAAAUUCAGAGUAAAAGUUCCUGGUGACAAGUCUCUGUUGUAUGAAACUGCUGAUGAGGAAUCUGUAGUCAAAGGAAGCCGAAAGCUUGAUCAUACAGAAGAGUUAAGUUUAUUGGAUAAGGCCGCGGUGGAGACUCCAUCAGAUAAAAUCAAAGGCUCAGUGAUGGCAUGGAGACUCUGCACUGUGACCCAAGUUGAGGAGCUCAAGUCCCUUGUAAGGUUGCUUCCCAUAUGGGCAACUGGCAUAAUCUUCUCAGCAGUCUACAGUCAAAUGGGGACAUUGUUUGUGCUCCAAGGCAACACAAUGGACCUCCACGUCACCAAAUCCUUUGAAAUCCCAUCUGCCUCACUCUCCCUCUUUGACACAAUCAGUGUCAUCUUCUGGGUUCCUGUUUAUGACCGUUUGAUAGUUCCAUUUGUGAGAAAAUUCACAAAAAGAAACAAUGGCUUCACCCAACUCCAGAGAAUAGCAAUUGGGCUUGUGAUCUCCAUUUUUGCCAUGUUGGCUGCAGGGACUUUGGAGCUUGUGAGACUAAAUGAAGUGAGAAAGCACAAUUAUUAUGACCUCAAGCACAUGCCCAUGUCCAUUUUUUGGCAGGUUCCACAGUAUUUUAUCAUUGGGUGUGCUGAAGUUUUUACCUUCAUUGGGCAAUUGGAGUUUUUUUAUGAGCAGGCUCCUGAUGCCAUGAGGAGCUUGUCCUCUGCUCUUUCUCUCACAACUGCUGCUUUGGGCAGCUAUUUGAGCACCAUGCUUGUCAAUAUUGUGACUGAUGUGAGCACCAGAGAUGGCAAGGUUGGCUGGAUACCAGAUAACUUGAAUUAUGGUCACCUUCACUACUUUUUCUGGCUUUUGGCUUGCUUGAGUGUGAUUAAUUUAGGGUUCUAUCUUUUGGUUGCUAGAUGGUACACUUACAAAAGAGCAGUGGUGCCCAAUCAUUGA